CAGACCAGUUUUCUGUAGUAGCAUCACGUAUUCCGCACUCGAUACACGUAUACGUGAGACGUGACAUUCUCGCGAGUUUUGUAAACAGUGGUAGUGGUUCUUUGAAUCGUGAUUUUAAAUUUGGAAACUGUCAUUUUUGGACCUCUCGUUAUUACUCUAGCAGAAAUCAGUGAACGGAACGAUGAAUUAAAAAAACAUGCAAGCUACAGUGACUUUGGUGUUAGCUCUGAUCUCAAGGACUUUAGCAACUGGUGUUAAAGUUUGUGACAAUAACAGUUCUAUAGAUAUAAGUCAAGGAAUAAAAGGUGUAGACGGUUCUAUAACAUAUGAUGGUGUGACUUAUCAUAAAAGUGAAUAUUAUUACGAUGAAAAUACAAAUGUUGAAAGAGGAUGUAUUUGUAGUAAGAAGAUCUGUGUGCAGAAGUGCUGUCCAGACGGGUAUUCGUAUUUUAAAAAGACAUCAAAGGGGAUAUGUGUGAACGACAGUGCUGUAUUUGAUCCCCCAAUUUGGGAUCACUUCAGGGUUGUAGAAGAUGCUCAUGCUGGUGAUUUGUUCCAUAUUGUGGCAGGAAAACCGUCGUGCCAAGAUCCAGAAGUUAGGGUUCGAGUUGGACAAGUAUUUAAGCAUGUACACAUGACUGUUGAUGGCCGGCUUUACAUAGACCUGCCCAACAAAAACCCACCGUGGGAGCUACACGGGCCGGACAAGUACUGCGUCGAUACGUUCAUUCUGGAACAAAAUGGUGUAAGGACUUCGAAGCUGGAUGCCCUGGUUUGCUUCGGGGAGAACCAGGGAGAACACCAUUUUGCGCUUAAUAUUACUUGUAUGCUGACCUCCUGCGUGUUCAUCCUCGCGACCUGCGCGGUCUACGCCUGGCUACCAGAGCUUCGAAACCUUCAUGGCAGGGUCCUGAUGGCAUACCUCCUGAGCCUCUUCGUGGCGUUCCUCUUUAUGGCCACCAUGCAAAUCCUCAUAUCAUUGGACAAGACUAACAGAUCCUUGUGCAGUUCUUUAACAAUCGUGAUCUAUUUCGCGUUCGAGGCGGCUUUCUUCUGGCUCAACGUGAUGUGUUUCGACAUAUGGUGGACUUUUAGUGGCAAACGCGGUCUAUCUUUAGAGAGACUGUCAACCCGCGCAAGAUUCUACGCGUACGCAGCUUAUGCUUUCGGCGUCCCCACAGCACUGACCACCCUACUGGCUGCUCUGGAAUUCUCCGGACUACCACCGCAUCCCUGGCUACCGUUGUUGAGACAUCAAGGAUGUUUCCUAUACGGAAACGCCCGCAUGAUCUACCUUUACGGCCCCGUGGUGAUCCUCUGCAUCAUCAACCUGAUCUUCUUCGUGCUGACCGCGAUCAAGAUCGUCCAGAUCAAGAAACAGACGGCCGUUCUGAAGUCCAAGGAGAGCUCCACCCACGACACCCAGAGAAAUGACAAACAGAGACUAUUAUUAUACAUCAAACUGUUCAUCGUGAUGGGCAUCAAUUGGAUACUAGAAGUGAUCAGCGCUAUCUACCCUGAGUUGGAAAACUUCUGGAAGAUCACUGACGCUUACAAUGUCCUCAUUGGUGUGACUAUCUUCUUAAUUUUCGUCUGCAAGAGGAAAAUUUUCCGACUGAUCAAGAAAAGGCUUAGAGAUAGAGCUCAUCAAAACAAGAAUGAUAAUGACAAUAAUAUGAACCAGUUAGAUAACAAACAACUGUCACAUUGGAGACAUCCAAAAGACCCAAGAAGAAGUAUUGACACCGUACGAUCGUACUGCCCUGACACUGAUAGCAUAAAAAAUAAUCAAGUCGUACAUUUGGAGAAAAACGUCGAAAUUUAAACAUCCUUUCUAGAAAAUAUAGUAUUUAAAAAAAUAUAUUUACUGAAAAUAUAAUUAAACCUAUUUUUAAACACAAAAACUUGCAUUUAAAAAUAAAAGACUAUUUCAUUACACAAUAUUACACAUUAUAAUAAUAGUAUGAUAUUGUCUAAUAUAAGACGUUUUAUCAAAUACCAAAAAUUUAUACUGGGACUAUCGAAUAUGAAGAAACAGAUCAAUAAUAUGAUAUUAAUAAUGAAAUUAUUGGAAGAAGUACUAGAGUGGAUAAAUAAUCUACAGAUGGAAACUUUGGUGUUAUUGCUGCAUAAAGAGGUACAGAAAUCUGAUUCCGUGAUUUUGAAUUUUUAACAACACCUAUAUAACUUAUUUUUAAAGUGAUAUUGCACACUAAUGAAAUAUUAAUUGUAACCAAUAAAGCACAAGAAAGUAUAGAAGGAAAUGAUUGGGCACUGAAUGCUUAAGAGCUUACUAAAAUGUAACAAGUGCAAGAUAAAUUGGCACCAAUAAAGAAAAAUUUAGUUAGAAACACAAAUCUUUUUUACACAUUAACUUGUGUAGGUAAAUUGUAACGGCGUUUGGGCAAUUUAGAUGAUGUUAAUAUUUUCCUGGUCUCAUUGCACUAAUAAAUGAACAUAGCUUUAACUUCACAAUUACUUAUAAGUAUACUAACAUCAUUCUCGUUAAACCUGCAAAAUUAUUUUUCGAAAAAUUGUUAUCAUUAUGUAUAGUUUAAAUUAUUUUUAGUCUCCAAACUUCCAAUAGAUAGGAUAUCGUACAUAAAUAGACUUGUAAGAAAUAAAAAACUAUCUACUUCGUUCUAGACUUGGGUUGGGACUACAUCAAAAUCAAUUAAGUGGAAGGGACUUGCAACCACGACGGCAACUUAUUUCAUGAUCAGUUAUCUGAGAGUAUGUAUUGAAGCGCUUAUGUCCUGUCCUAAUAAGCCAAAUUUAUGUUCUGCUGUGCUGUUUGUUAUCACUUUAUAGUGCUGGAUUGUCUAAAAACCUAAAUCACUCCGAAUUAAGGAAAUUCUUCAUUGAAUUUUAUGUACCCCGUCACUUCUUUCUCUGUUUAUUCAGAAUAAAAUCAAAUCUACACAAAAAUAUUCUUCGUGUUUUAAACGGAUUGACAAAUCAAAUUACAAGAUAAUUAUGAAGAAUCGUUAGAAACUGUUCGAAGAAUUUUCACCUUAAGCUUCUCUAGAAAGAAAAAAAUAUUAUAUCGAAGUAUACACAGGAGUUUAUUAUAAUACCUCUUUUAUCUCUCCCAACACAAGUGACUGUUCAGUUUUAUGUCUGUCCUACGUCUACUCCUACGAUAUCGAUUACAAGGCUUUAAUUUCCUUGUCAACGUGUGUGACUAACGUAUAUUUGCGACUUUUCAUUGUUUUUAUCAACAUUAACACAAUUUCGAGCCGAAAAAGAUUAGAAUUUUAUAUAUUAUUUAGCGAUUUAAAUGAUUUUAUCUUCAUCACGAAACUAUUUAACAUUACCUAUCUCUCACACUUUAGAGAUAUUUUUUUAAUAAUAAGCUUUGCGAUAAGUACUGUCGCUGUAAAAUGCAACAACUAGCAAAGUAUAUCAGAUAAGGCAUCUGAGAGACAGAGUAAGAGUCAUAAGUACAACUAAUAAUUAUUAUACGAACGCUUUGCCAACUUAAAGAAAUGUGUUAACAAAGUAACUUACACCGAAUUACCAUUUCACUAUACUAAUAAUAAAAUGCCUAUUUUAAUAUAGAUACAAACAGGUGAAAGGGGAACCCAUGUCAAGGACGCAGACCACGGUCUCUUCGCGAACCAUGUCGACGAAGGAAGACUUCCAGAUGGGAUCCAUAAAGAUCCACAACAAAUAAGAAGAGUAGAUAUACAAAACUCGGAAGUAUAAUUUGAACCAAAAUGGCAAGGAUCUGUAAAGGAGUUAUAGUCACCAGACAUAUCAAUUCUUGCGUUUGACAACUGUAUGGUAUCGGAGAAGAUUCACACUAAAUAAGAAUUCCAUCAACACUAGAGAGUAUAAUUUGAACAAAAAUGACGGAAGCCUGUAAACAACCUUUAGUCGCCAGACAUUCUCUCGCAUUUCAAUUGACGACUUUAUGGGAUCUGUGAAGAUUCAAAUAAGAAUUCUAUACAACACACCGAAUUAAAGUUUUACCAAAAUGGCGACAGCCCGCGCAGCAGCUAUAGUCGUUACAUCAUGUCGAAUGGCAGCUGCUGUGAAUCUGUGACUGUGAUACCUAAGUCUUUUUAUAUUACAGACAUCGUGAUUACUUGCAGCACUUUUUUUUGUUAGUUUUUUGACUUAAUAAAUAAUCAUUUUUGAUAAAUAAUGUUUUACAAAAAAAUUUAAGGUUCCAUUCCAUAACACCGAUUUAGUUUUUUUAAUUUACCAAAGAUCGCCGUAGAGUUUAAUGAUCCCUCUUUGAACUUCGUACAUGAUAAAAUCGUUAGAAAGAUAAUGGAACAAAUGAAUAAUAUUAACUAUUUAAUUAUGACAAAUGUAUCUGAUGAAUUAUAAGCCAACGAAACGGUUAAAAUAUAUUUGAAAUGACUACUUAUGUAUGUGUAUUGUCGUGUGUAAUUAUAAGAUUUUCACUAGCUAAAAGAAUACUCAUAGAAAUUAUUUACCUCAAAUGCAUCGAUUUUAUAAUAAGCAUUAAAGUUCUGAAGAUAGCUAAGUACAAAAUUAAUAAUAAAUUACCUCAUUAGUGUAACUACUUAUUAAAGGUAUUAAUUACAAUUAUAAAUGUGUAUCUUAAAAUGUUUAUGCAGCAUUACACAAUGCUAUGCAAAUAGAAGUUGAAAGUGUAACGUACUAAUAAAAUUAUUAUUUUACUAAAACAUUACUUCGAAUCAUCAAAGGUGUCGGAUUAAUGUUUUAUUAAGUAUAAUAAAAAUAAGCUUACAUUGUACUGUACAUAUCGUUUAGGUAAGAAUAUUUGUGUAGUUAUCGCACUAGUCUUAAGUGAAUUGUGCACAUCAUAAACGUAGUACCUACGUGUCUUUUUUUAUAGAUGGUCGGAUUAAAUACAGAGGAUUAAUAUAUCUACUUUUGAUUUAGUAUUUUUUCUUCGAAGCUAAAGGAAUGAAAAAAAACGGGACCAUUAUUAUCCUAUUUUUAUUAAAAUUCUAGUCGUUUAGGUAACUAUGAAUGUAAUUUUAUCUUGUAUAGUAAUAAAAGUCU